GCGUUCAUAAUUUCCCCCUGUUGUACAUAUGCAAAUGUGUAGUGGUGGUGAUCUGUCAUUUUUGAGUAUGUAUGUAUGUAUGUGCCAAACUCAAAUGCAUACUACAAACGAACGUACAAUAUUUGUGUAAUUUUUGUGUCCUUCUAGGAACUUAUUUCAAUUGCAUUAUGUUUAUGGUGGCCUCAUCAGUUGUGUCAACCAUACUUAUCCUCAAUUAUCAUCAUAGAAAUCCAGAUACGCAUGAAAUGAGUGAAUGGAUAAGAGUAAUAUUCCUUUAUUGGUUACCUUGCAUACUGCGAAUGCAAAGGCCCGGACAAGUCGGUUACGAAUGCCCACCGCCGCCGUCGUCAUCGAGUUCAUCCACCGCCGGCGAUAAGAAGCAUCAAUUGCAGAAUGUCGAACUGAAGGAAAGAUCAUCAAAAUCUCUACUUGCCAAUGUGUUGGACAUUGAUGAUGACUUUCGGUGCAAUCAUCGCUGCGCCAGCGCAACGUUGCCACAUCAGCCGACCUACUAUCGUGCCAUGUAUAGGCAAGGCGAUGAUGGCAGCGUCGGCCCGGUGGGUCCUGUCGGCCCCGUUGGCCCCGUCGGUGAUGCGCGUAUGCACGAGGCCAUGUCACACACCUGCCUCAGUUCGUCGGCGGAAUAUGAAUUGGCGCUCAUCCUCAAAGAGCUGCGAUGGAUAACAGAUCAGUUGAAGAAAGAGGAUGAAACGGGCGACGUAACGAGAGAUUGGAAAUUUGCGGCGAUGGUAGUCGAUCGCUUGUGCCUUAUAAUUUUCACGCUUUUUACAAUAAUUGCAACUUUGGCUGUACUCUUCUCCGCACCACAUUUCAUUUUCCCAUAAUUGAUGUCAGCAUUGCGGCAGCUUUUAAAAAUCUGGACUCUACACAACAACAAAUGUUUCAGACGCCAAAUGAGAAAGUUUCACGUUUUUUUUUUAAGAAAAGCUUUGUUAUAUAUAUUUUUUUUUUAGUCUAAAUGCUAAAGAAAAACACUAGUUCGGCUUAUAUACUUUUAACAAAAUCAGCAACGCAUGUAUGUAUGUACGUUAAGAUACAAAACAAAAAAAAAUGUGCCUCAGUCAACGAACGAACAAGUGUAAUUUUAUGCCAGAAAUUGCAAAAAAAAAACAAUUAAUUUUUACACAAUAGAAAACGCAAUAAAAUGGAAAAUAUGUAGGCAAAUUCGCGCACAUAUUUACGUAAACUACAAAUUAAGGUCAUUUGAUUUUAAAAUUAGUGAAAUUCAUGUAAAAAAUACUUUUGUUCCAUUUCGCCGUAUGCUGCAUAGUUUGUUGUAUGAAUUCAAUAUGGUUAAGAUAAAAUGCAAUAAAAAAGUGAAAUAUAUUUCGCUGUGAUAAGACAAACUUUCGAUGAAGAAGAAAUUCAUUUCAAAGGUAAUUGUCAAAAUGUUAGGCAUGCAUACUUGCAAAAUUUCAAAGCGCCAAUUUUUUUUUUAGGAUUUCUGAUCAGCGUGGAACAAAUUUAAAAUCGAUUUGAUGAAAAUUAUUUGGUAAUGAGCGAAUUUGUUUAAUGGUUUGUGACUAUCUUGAUAAUAUUAAAGGGCAUUGUUAUAGGUACCACAGAAACUAUAGGGCUCUCAGAAGUCGAUCUGCUACGAAGAUAAGAUGGACAUUCCACCUGCGGCUAAAAGCAUUCUGCGAUUCGGGCGUUUAACACGCUACGAGCAACUUGCUACGGUCACACCACCCUCCUCUCCAUAGCCCAACUUCGCUCUGGCUAUUGCAGCGGCCUAAAUUCAUACCUGAGUG